CAGCAAAGCCGAGCAAAGCUGGGAGACUCAUUACUAGUCUCUCUCUGCUCGUAGCUUGGGCCUCCUUAUAGCCAUCCGAGCCUAGUGCCUGCCUAUUUGUCCUACCCUUCCCGUCACAUCCUCCUCGGCAGCCGGUCAGCCAAGAUGAUCGUCACCAACCUCGUGCUUACCGCUGCCCUGGCGGCGUUGGGUCUUGCCUCGGCCUUGCCGCCGAAGAUCGGGACAACCGAUGUUGGGAAUGGAGGAGAGGGCGCCAGCCUGGGCAGCGGCAGGGCAACGUUCAAGCAGACGCGUAAUCCGCGCUACCGCUUCAACGGUGCCCGGGCCGUGUACCGGACGUACCUGAAAUACGGCGUCCCCGUGCCCGAGGACAUCAUCCAUGCGGUCAAGUACACCGACGCGCUGCAGCACGGGGCCCAGCUAGAGGAGCGUGACACGGGUAGGGCGGCGGCAGUGCCCAUCGACGACGUGGACAUCGCCUACAUCACGCCCGUCACCAUCGGCACCCCGCCGCAGACGCUCCAGCUCGACUUCGACACAGGCUCGUCCGACCUGUGGGUGUUUUCGAGCCACACGCCGGCGUCGCAAGUCCGCGGCCAGCAGAUCUACUCGCCCAACAAGUCCAGCACGGCCAAGCUGCUCGAGGGCCACACGUGGAGCAUCACCUACGGCGACGGCUCCGCCUCGCGCGGCAAUGUCUACAUCGACAACUUCACCGUCGGCGGCCUCUCGGUGGCACAGCAGGCCGUCCAGACCGCCCAGCAGGUGUCGUCCAGCUUCACCAGCGAGACCAACAUCGACGGCCUGCUCGGCCUCGGCUUCAGCACGCUCAACACCGUCAGUCCCAAGAGCCAGUUGACCUUCUUCGACAACGCCAAGGCGACCCUCGACAGCCCCGUGUUUGCUGUCGACUUGAAGGCUCAGGCUGCCGGUACCUACGACUUCGGCUUCAUCGACAAGGCCAAGUACACGGGCGACAUCACGUACGUGCCGGUCAACACCGACCCGGGCUACUGGACCUUCACGUCGUCGGGCUACGCCGUCGGCUCGGGCGGCAGCUUCAGCGCGCAGUCCAUCGUGGGCAUCGCCGACACAGGCACGUCGCUCGUCUACCUGCCGACGGCCAUCGUGACGGCCUACUACCGGCAGGUGGCGGGCGCCACCAACAGCCGCAACUACGGCGGCUACGUGUUCCCCUGCAGCUCGGCGCUGCCGUCCUUCACCUUCGGCGUCGGCGCUGCCCGCUUCACCAUCCCGUCGUCCUACGUCAGCUACUCGCCCGUCAGCUCCGGCUCGGCCACCUGCUUCGGCGGCCUGCAGAGCAGCUCCGGGCUCGGCAUCAACAUCUGGGGCGACGUCGCCCUCAAGGCUGCCUAUGUCGUGUUCAACGGCGCGAACCCGCCGACCAUUGGGUGGGCGAACAAGAAGUUGUCGGCGUGAGGUGGAUGUGAGAUCCAUGAGACAAGACUCGAGAAGGGUUGGUGUGGCGCCCCCCCCCCCCUUCCACGGGGUCGAAUCGUAUGACGAGACCCAGGUAGGACCGUGUACCCUACCCUCUUCAGGUGAUGGGUGAGAAGGGAAGACGUAGCAGAGAGGAACAGUAGAUCCCUAAAAUCAACACUGUUAGGUGGCCUUUGCUAUGUUUGAUCCGCUGUACUGUCAAGUGGAUGUUUUCGAAUCAACGUUGUCGCUUCUCAACAGCAACCCCCCCUGG